AUGGAGGCCCUGCGUAGCGGCGAUCAUGACUCAUGUCGGCGCAUUCUCUCAACACUCCUACCGAUCCUGGAAGCACGCCUACACGCCAUGCAGUGCAAACCAUCACCUCAUAUUUCUGAAGUCGCCCUCCAGUCAUGGCGUCUCGCGCACGCGCUGACACUCAACAAUCACGGAUGCCAACUACGCCGCUACGGCCUCACAACUGAGGCACUGCAGGCGUUUCUUCGCGCAAAGGAGAUUGAGACACUUGUGUUAGGCAAGCCAUCGUGCUCGACGAUGCUGAACCUCUCCGCCGUGCUGCUUAGCAGCGGAGCAGCAGAAGAGGCGCUCACCAUCUCGAAGGAAUGUGUGAUGGCCGCACAAAAUGGUGACCCAAUUCUCUUCAUCACAGCCGUGCACAACCUCGCCGUGGCACUGGGGCAGCAGACGAGCGACCGCGAGUGCAAAGCAGCCCUGCCGACCAUGCUGCAGGCAUUACGUGAGGCGCAGAGCGUACUUGGUGAGGAGCACCCAACCACAGUGAUGCUCAAGGAGAAGUGCGGCUUGACGUCCAGCUGGAUCUCGCAAGACAGCGGUGCCGAGGGUGAGCAAGGGAGUGCCGCGUCCGUGCGUGGCGUUGACUGGCCUGCAAACCACAGCGUGUCGUGUGAGAAUCCUACAUCGCCGUCGCUUUUGCCAACGUCAAUGAUGGCGCAGGAGAAGGCUAGAGCUGCUCUUCACACUCUCGACUUCGGAGAGCCCCUUCAUGCCCAGCCGCUUGUACACGCUGCCGCAGCCCUUCCCACUCCAGAAUUGGUUCACAAUCACACGAAUGUGAGGAAAGAAGAAGCGUACGGUGUUUCCAUCUCACGGCACUCGCUGAACCUAGGGGCAUCCAAUGAGCAUCAUGCGGCGAAAGCGACGCCAGAAGAUGAAGACUUGUUGUGCCCACAGCGACCACGUUCAACACUCCUCGACUCUGUGGCGGACGCUGGUGUUGAGCGUGCUGCGCUCGCUGUGACCGCGCGUGGCGAAACUGCAUUGGCUCUGCCGCUCCAGGGUUUUCAACGACGGGGCAGCGUCGCGGCCUCUGUCCACCAACUCUGCCUCGACUCUGCAAAUCUUUCCGGCAAUCAGCGUAGCGUCGCCAGUACGCCCCUAGAGACGGUGCUGCAAGAGCCUUUCCAAGCUGCUUCACUGAUGCUGAGCCGCAGCGCUCCCAAUCACGUAGGGCCUGCUGGCUCGAUACACCGUCUGUGGAGAAGGAGCGCUGAAGAUCACAGAAACGCCCCUUCCUUUUUGCGCUUCAGUGUCCCGCUUCCCCCCUUACCAGCAAACGCGGCCUCCCUGCCACUGCGCAAAAUCGCCCCUCCAGCAGCUGCAGCAGGGUCAUCGAACGCAGGGGUGCAGUGUCGUUGCACAAAGGUGCGGCGGGCAACGGUGCCACGGAACGUCAGUGUAUCGGACGAGGACAGCAAUCUAGGUGGCACUACGGCGACCACGCUGACCGACACAAUGGCCACAACUGAAGGCCUGAACGCCUUCGACACAGGAGAGAAAUCAGCGACUGCGAUUGGGAGUCCCGCAACACUGCGGUCAGCGCCGCAGCUAAGCCUCUUUGGUAAGAAGGGCCUUCUGCACUCCGGAAAGGCUGCGCUGCGUGAAGUUGAGCUGGAGGAGGAAAGAGUGUACCGUGCGCAGAAGGAGGUCGAGCAGAGGGCCGCGGAAGCCGAAAAUGCCUUUCAGUGCGGCUUCAAGGAAGUUCAGCUUCGCACCCAGAACCGCGCAGCCCUGACCAUACAACACGCGUGGCAGCAGUGGUGGACCUCCGUAGGUCGCUCACGCCGACAUGUCCAACUGAAGAGACUCGAGGAACUGCAGCGCCGCCGCCGUGAGCGGCUGAGUCUCGGUGCAAUGGACAGGAAGAAGUCGGGCAAAUCUUGGACAGUCGCCAUUCCGCCGCCAUUGCUCCAGCAGCACGGCCACGUCGGUGGCCACGUCGUACCUGCCGUCAUAGUGCGGUGCUCGAGGACGUGGCUGGCCAAGACGGUGUGCCGCCGGUAUGUGGCGAAAAGCCACCCUCGUCCAGUUGACACUCGCCUCCAUGAAGCCGAUGUGCGUCGCUACGUCUGCCAAAUCCAAGCGUUGUGGCGUGGCGCCAUUACUCGCCAUCGUCAAGCGCAGCAACAGCUCUUCACUGAGAGGAACAACGUGAGGGGCGUAACCACUGUGUAUCGGCUGCGCGCCGAGACUGAGCUCCGAGAGUACUCUGCUCUGGUUCUGCAAAUGGCGUACAGGAGCUACCGUGCACGCCAGAUACGGUGUCGGCUCUACUUUGAACGAUACAAUGAGCCGGCAGCAACGAUCCAGCGCUGGCUGCGAUCCACGCUGGCCGAUCAGCGUAAACGCGGCGUUGACUGGCGCUCUAUGUGUGAGCGCAACGCGGCAGCGACGGCGAUACAGCGUGUGUGGCGCGGUUACCUAGGCCGAAUCACAUUCCACAUGCGCGAGCUUCGACUUCGAAUGGACCGAACCGGCUCGUAUCCGCUCGCCAUUGAAGCGAGUGUGAAUGCUGAGCGGCGCCUCGUCGCUAUCCGCGGAGGAAAGAGCAGGGAUGUGAAGCGCCUCUCGGUGGAGACGAUGAAACCCCCGCAAGACGCUGCAAUGAAAAUGGAGGGCCCGCUUCCUCCUGUGAGGGAAGUGGAUACCCUUGUGGCCGAAACGACGGCAUUCGAGUCAAAGCGAAGGUCGGCGCUCACCGAGGCAUACGCAGCUAACUGCCUGCAGCGCAGUAGCGAGGUGCAGCGACUGCGGGACGAGGAGCGCGACCGGUAUCACAUUGGCCUUUACGUGGACGUUAUGGCGUCCAAGGAGCGCCAGGCGUGGAAGGAGUCCUUGAGGAUUCGGCCUAGCAAAGUGCUGCGCUGUCGCGCCGCGAUGGACGCACGCAUUCACGAGGAACAGCGUGCUUUUACGGAGCAGCGUGCCGCACUUGUGAUUCAGCACGCUUAUCGGACCUGGUGGAAAAUGCAACAGGACACGAGUCGAGACACCAGCUUGCUCUGCUACGCACGUGCACUCUACCAGCAGCGCGAGCUUGGUGCUCUGGUGGAGCGGAAACAGCGGCGACGGGACAUUGUGCGAGGGAUGGCACUUUACGGUGACACUGCUGCGGCGAUGCGACAGGCUCGCGUGAAGGCAGCUGAAGAGCUAGCUUUGGUGGCAGACUACGACGGCCCUCCUUGCAUCAGCAGCAGUCCAAAUAGGAUCAUGAUAGUACCACGCAAAGACGGGAUGAUGAUUGCGCCGCAUGCAGAGCGUAUGGCGCGAAAGCAGCAGCGCCAGGAACAAGAGGCGGUACAACGGCGAGACGAGGUGCUAGUCGCCCUUACCUAUCCACAUGACAUGGCGCAUGUGCGAGAAGGCCCCGUAGAGUGUGUGACACGCAUUGGCACUACGUACGAGCAUCCCUACUACAUCUCAUACGUGAACGAAAUGCAUCGCCGCACUCUUGGGAUUGACUAG